GUGAAACAUCCACAGAUAUGCGAAGAGGGUCAUUAUAGGGGUUUUUGUUUAGUUUCCGUGCUUCGUUUAAUGACGCAAAAGUAAUAUAGACAAGAAGUGUCUGUUGCGCAUGUAUUGCGGAUAAUGAUCUCAGUGCGCACUGAGUGGAUUUUUACGCGGAGUCGCCAGGAACCUACGGAAAACUGCCGCUCUCCAAAACUCGCCUGACCGAACCUCCGGAGUUGAAAACUGUAGGAAUCACACGGAAAGAAUUCAAACAAUCAAAAAAAUGACUAUCGACAUAAGCUUGGUGCAUCCACCUACGCGCGUUUGGUGAUUUGUAAAUCAGCAGCUGGUGUCUGGACGGAUGUUUGGCGUAAACAAGCACAAACACGGAGCAGACGCGAAGUGACGGGACACAGAGAUCCGUUCGGAUUUGGGCUACACUGGAGAUCGUUCAUCAUGGUGUCCGUAACGCGCUUCAGUAAGGCGUGUGUCGACUGCGUGGCUCUGUUGUUCUGCCUGGCCGUCAUGUGUGAGCUGGUUUCGGCUCAGAAUGACACGGAACCCAUCGUCCUGGAGGGCAAGUGUCUGGUGGUUUGUGACUCGAACCCCGCCGACUGGAAGAGCUCGUCCUCGCCUCUGGGCAUCUCCGUGCGCGCCGCCAACUCCAAAGUGGCUUUCUCCGCGGUCAGGAGCAACAACCACGAGCCCUCGGAGAUGAGCAAUAAAACGAGAAUCAUAUAUUUUGACCAGGUUCUUGUGAACAUAGGAAACUAUUUCACGCUGGACUCCGUCUUUCUUUGUCCUCGGAAAGGAAUCUACAGCUUUAACUUCCACGUAAUUAAAGUGUACCAGAGCCAGACUAUACAAGUGAAUUUAAUGCUGAAUGGAAAGCCAGUGAUCUCUGCCUUCGCCGGUGACAAAGACGUCACACGUGAGGCCGCCACCAACGGAGUCCUGCUGCACCUCAACAAAGAAGACAAGGUUUAUCUGAAACUGGAGAAGGGCAAUCUGGUAGGCGGCUGGCAAUACUCCACCUUUUCUGGCUUUCUAGUUUUCCCACUGUAAAGCAAACAGAAAGACCUCCGCCUUUGCUGUCCAGUCAUCAUCGUGUAACCGGCCCUUCAGCAUUAAUUGGAGGCUCCCAAUGGAAGCAUAAUUCCAGGCAUUCAUUCAGCUGUUGUCUUUAAGGAAUACUAAUAAAAACCACACCAGUGAUCCAUGAAUCUUGAGAGAGGACAUCUACUUCAGUGCAAUAUCACUUUCUGCUGCAAGUCGCUCUUCAUAGAUCCAGGAGUUCAGCUCAUCACGUCAGACUCUUUGUUUGUUUCCUUGUGGAUGUUCGUGUUGCUUUUCUUUAGCGUGUGGUUUUUAGUAAAAUGAUUAUUAUUAUCUGUUAGCAAGGUCAUUACCUCUCGGAGAGGAAAUGCUCAAAACCGUCUCGCCACGGGAGGGUGCAAUAUUUCAAAAACCUUGGCACGCAAAUUUAAAAUAAAUAAAUACAAAUUAUUUUUUUUUUUCAGAGAGAAUACACCUUUCUAUGUAAAUUUGUAGACUUGUUAAAGGAAUAGUACAUGAAAAUGAAGAUUUGCUGAAAACGUUCUCUCCCUCAGUCCAUCCAAGAUGUAGAUGAGUUUGUUUCUUCAUCAGAUUUAGAGAAAUGUAGCAUUACAUCACUUGCUCACUCUGCAGUGAAUGGGUGCCGUCAAAAUGAUUGUUAUUAUGGAUUGUGAACUCUUUAUGAGCUCUGUUUUCUGCAGAAGCAACGGUUUAAAGUUAAAACGUUUUCAUGAUAUAUUUCUUUCUUACAAACACUCAGGAUGAGUACAUUUUCAGCAAUUUUUCAUAUUAGGGUGAACUAUUCAUUUAACGUUAAAUAGUAAACGUGUUAAAUUGAUGUUUUAAUUUCAAGGCAUUUCCAUUAGUUUCUAUCCAUCAUGGCAGUAAUCCAUCAAAUGAAAGUGAACAACAUUGUAAUGGCCAUAUUUCUCAACCUGCUCCAUACUUUCUGCAUUUUAAAGCAUUGUAAGCUUAGACUGCAGUAGUUUCUUGCUUCCUCCGACCCACAAGACGAAGUUUUGUGCCGUGCAAAUCACUCUGGACAGAUUUCUUAAUUUGACUUGUAAAAAAAAAAAAGGUUAUGUUAAUGUUUUAUUGUUAAAAAUGACAAUUAUCUUAAUAGAAAAGAAGUAUAAAACAUAAUUAUUGACUUCAAUCCUGCAACGUGAAUGCAAAAGAAUAAAAAGCUCAUUUCCACCAUUAAGAGGUGUUGAAGGGAAUAUUUUUGUGAUCCGUUCAGGGACUUCAUCUUUAUUUUCAUCCUGUUAAUUGUAAGUAUGAUUCAUAGUGACCCUUUUCAACUUCAAAAAGGACAGAAAAGUUUAUUUAUUCACCAAAAUGUGUCCAUAUCCAUAUCACAACAGUCACUCUCUAUAGUCCAAGCCAUUAUAACUUUUGCAACCAUUAAAAAAGAAAAGAAAAGUGUAAUAAUAAUAAAUGGUUUUGUUCAGAAUUAAAUACUGACUUACUGAACAUUAUAUACGGCAUACCAGUGUUUAAAUGUAGUUUUAUUUAUAUGUACUAACAUAGUAUUUCUAAAUAUUUUGAGUUAGCUAUUGUUUUAUAUACUUUUCUUAUUUCUUUUAAUUUUCAUUUAAGUUUUAAGAAUUUAAUUAUGUGCUUUUGUCAUUAUAACUUU